UUAUAAAACCCCUUUGAUGAGAAGUUUUUGAAGCAGAGGAAAUCUAAGAAGGAAACAACAAUGGCGUUGAAGUUUCUGAACAAGAAGGGAUGGCAUACGGGAAGUCUCCGCAACAUUGAGAAAGUAUGGAAAGCUGAGCAGAAGCACGAAGCCGAGCAGAAAAAGUUAGAGGAGCUUCGUCUCCAAAUCCAACAAGAGAAGGAGCGUUCUGAGUUUGGCGAAAUCAAGGAACAGGCCGGUCUCGUUCCGAAGAGGCAAGAGAGAGUGGAGUUCAUGUAUGAUUCAGAAUUAUUAACAGUGAAAGAGAAUGCCAAGAGUUCAGGACAUGGUGUUUCGUUUCAGAAUCAAAAACAGCGAGCCAGAGCUGAUGCUAGUUGUGUUACUACUACUACUACUAAGAACAAGAAGCAGAAGCAGUCGGUUCCUGGUGCCUUGUUUAAAGAUGAUGAUAAGACUAAGACAAACUUUGCCAAUGAUUCUUGGCGCAAAUCCCACUCCGACCCUUUGCUUCUCAUCAGGCAGCAAGAGCAGAAAGCUCGCAAAUCUGUGAAAAGAAAAGUUAGAGGAUAAUGAUGGAGCGAGCGACGUGAGAAAAACAUCAGCGUAGAGUGUUAUGGCAUCACAAUCAAUCUUCAUAACACAAUCUCUGAUUGCUUUCUCCGAAGCAUACUCUUUAGUGAAACAAACAAAGCUUUUUUAGUUUGAAACAGUAGUUAGCUGAAUUUGUAAAUACGCCGCUUGUCUUAUAAUGUCAAUAAUCUUUUCCA